CGAGGACGAAUCCCUAUGGAUUACUCACACUUUUUCCCCCUUUUCUUUCUCGCUGCAAUUCUGACGCCCACCGUCACGGCAAAACCCCAAGGCGACGGAUUCGUCAAAUCCUCCUGCAAAAUCACCCCUUUUCCAGACGUCUGCGUGGCGUCGCUCAGCUCGUACGCAGCUCGUCUGGAGGCGGACAAAAGCCAGAGUGAACUCGUCAUGGACGCCUUCAAAGUCAGCCUCUCAAACGCCCAACCUAUGACGGCCUGGGCCGUCACGCUCUACCGAAGGACACCGGGCCUCAACAAAAGAGAGCGUGCGGCACUCAAUGACUGUGUCAAGGAUUUUGGUGACACGUCGGAUCAGAUCAGCCAGUCAGUGGCCGAGCUGAAGCAUCUGAAGCCCAGUACUUUCAAGUUUCAGAUGAGCAACGUGCAGACGUGGAUGAGCGCCGCUCUUAGGGACGAGGACAGGUGUCUUGAGGGUUUUCAGGUUGCUCGUGAUGGGAGGGUUAAAAAGCUUGUCCAGGGGCGUGUGCAGGGGGUUUCCAAGUUGAUCAGCAAUGCGCUUGCUUUGGUGAAUGCGCUGGCUUCCACUCAAGAACAUUCAAAGCUUUUCUAAGGUUUAUUUAUUGGGUCGAUGUGAUAUACUGAAAUUAGAGGAUAAGGUAUGUACACCUCGUUUCGUUUGCAGUAUAAGUAUGGGGUAGUCCCACAAUACUAUAAAUCAUAUGUAGACUCAUAUACAGACCGUUCAUAUGGUGGACUAUAAAAGAAUCUUUCUUUAUUUCUUUCUUUGUAUUAAUAGGGGGGUCUUAUUGGAGAAGUAUGUAUGAUUUCAAAUGAGCCAAUUAAACAAAUCAAACCUUAGUAGUGUGUUGUUUAAGUUAACAUAAGCUAGUGUAAUGCCUUUUUAGUAUGAUAAGUGGGGGAUGGUUGUAGUUGAGUAUGGAUUGCAAUGUUUGAAUGUAUAUUGGAGAAGUAUGUGGUGAUGUUUUGACAAUGGAUGCAUGAACAAGAUUGUACAUCAAGGUGGUUUUGUAAAUACAUUUUUCUUUUUUGUUGUGUA